CAUAGAACGCGUACGAUCUCCAGGGAUCCAAGACUCAAUGUUGUGUGUGAAAAGUUGUCAACACUCGUAACGACACUGCUUCUGUGUUGAGUGAUGUGGGUUAUAAAGGCAUUGUGACGUUAAUACUAUUUAAUUUCGUUGCUCGUUUUGUUUUGGUGCGUCGCUGGGAAAUUAUUUACAAUUCAGGUGUUUAUCAACGCAUGGCGGGAGCUGGGCACCAUGUCGGGUAUGACGGGAGCGAGUAUGCUGCGCACGCGCAGGAAAGAUGUCAACGUCAAACCCAACAGGAAAUUGGAUCGCAAGUCCUCGCGGGGCAUGCUCUACGAAAACGAAGAGCUUCGUCUGCGUACUAUUAAUAUUAACGCUGAAGUUGAAAGAGGUCAGUCGGAUAUAAAAAAAUUAAAACGUGAAAACGAACAACUAAAACGCGAAAUAUCAGCACUAAGAUACGAAUACGAUCGUUUGGAUCGUAUGCUACGGGAAAGACGAUCGUCGCCGGAACAUUCGGACUCUCAAGGCGAAAAUAAUGGUUCGGAAUAUCAAAAUGAACAAGAGAUUGAUGAAGAGGAGGAAGACUAUAGCGACAGCGCGUCAGUGUGCAGCGCUUGCCCGGAGUGCGCCAGCGCAGACGGCAGCGUUCGAGCUGUUGCCUUUCAUGAUCUGAGCGUGGUGCCGGAGGAGGGGGAACAGGAGAAUAAGAGCGGUGCAGCAACCCCCUGCACUUGUGACGAGUGCCAAAAGGAAGCGAAGCGUACCGAAGAUAACAAUCAAAAUAACACCAAGGACGCAGCUAAUAAAACAACAGAAAAACAGACAGAGUCUACAAACAAUGCACAAUCACAAGCAAAUACAUCGAACAUCGGCUCCGACAGAACUGUAGACGUUUUAGUUCAUGAUGCUCCGAAUAUACCAAGAUAUUUCCAAUCCAUAGCUACGCCGCCAUUUCAUGUUAAUGUACCCCCACCACCCGGAUUUGUGAUAGCGCCUUACCAACCGCACAGAUUCCAUAAUGGGGGUAACAUAGAGGACUUAUUAGGGGAUGUACAGUCAUCGCCCACCACCAUACAGACUACUUACAUUCAACAAAACUCCAUAUUCAUGUGCAACACCAGAAACAUCGUAGAGACAAAAUGUUGUUGCCAUAACCGCGAAGCAGACAAUAAGACUGAAGUUUGUGAAGAGCAAACACCGAAAUGCUAUGUGACGGAGAAGAAUAUAGAAUUAACUUAUGAUUAUCCUAGGACAACGCCCAUUCCGAGUGACCCGAAUCAGAAAAGUAGCGAAAUACAGUCCACAACUACAGAAGUAGCGAGCACAGUUGUUUUUGUAGAGAAAAAAAUGCCCACGAAACCUAAGAAAUUCGAUUUCUUUUUCCGAUCACGAUCAGCGCCUGUUGGCGACCACGAGGAACCGAUUUAUGCAACAGUCAACAAAUUGCCAAGAAAAUUAAGAAGAAUGGAAUUAGCUAACCUCGAAAAGGAAGUUGCGUAUAAGAAUGGUGAACCAGAUUCUUCAAGCCGCACUGAAAUCACUUUAAGAACAGAUUCAGAAUCGCAGGCACCACCACCAGAUGACGAUACCAGUCGCUCAGAAAGAGAAAAAUCCACUGUACCCCAAAGACCAGAGUCACCGAAAGCAAAGAAAAGAAAGCGAUUUUCCCUCACAUUCAAAAAACGCGAAAGAAAACGGCGGGAAAAAAAAGCUGAGGCGAAGAAUGGUGUAAAGAAUGGGGUUCCAACACAGGUUGAAAGUGACAAUGAGAGGCUGAUCGAGGAACAGGAUCCUAAGCACAAGCACUGCACAAGACAUCGACAGUUACCACGAAGUGCUAUGUCCUCUACCAGCUAUAGCCCGCGUUACAAGCGGGAUAGCUAUCAGGAAAUGACCACAUCCCAUUCAGAGCACGAGCGUACGAACAGCGUCUGUUCCUCGGUUAAUUCCUUAGGAUCAGCUUGUACUCAUAAAUCGCGGAAGCUGUCUGUCGCUCCUCAAGACGGUUCUAUACCCUGGUGUGGAUGCUGGGGUGCGGGAUGUGUGUGACCUUGAACUGUAUUCCGCCAAGUAUCUUUAAGGUUAACCCGGCACAUUUCGUAUGGGAUUACAUUAGUAGCGAGUGUAUUGACCCUAUGCAUUGUGUAGUGAACUAUUACUUAGAAGUUUGACAGUUUAUAGUAGAUUUUACUCUACGCUGUUAUUGUUGACGUGUUAUUAAAAUGUCUAUAUUGUAUAGAAUUGCAAGUGUAUUUAAAUGUUGAUAACAAUUAUAGUUUAAUUGCAAAAUUUAUUGCACUGUCAUAUAAUUUAUUGAAUGUACUAUAUAAUUUAUGGUAGACAGGUUUAAACGUCGUUGGAUGUACGUUGUAAGAUCUGGCGCAUAUUGUAUUUUGGAUACUUUAUGCGGAUGUGUAAAUAAUUUGUGAUGUUAUAACUUCCAAAGUGCUCUGAGCAUAAAGAAAAUUUAUUAAUAAUUA